AUGUCUAUAGAAGAAACAAACCAAACUACAGUUUCUGGACCGGUUCCUGUGGUUCCUGCAGUAGCUGCUACUGGUGGUGUCUGGGGCUCCAAAAUGUCAUUUAAAGAGGUUCUUCUUCGAGGAGUUGAAGAGGAAGAAAAGGAAAAGGAAAAAGAACAAGAAGGAGAAAACAAGUUAAAGGAAGAUUCCAAGAAAGUUCAAAAUGAGAUUAAGAAUGAAGAAGAAGAAGAAGAAAAAGAAAAAGAGGAUACUCUUACUACUACUACUACUACUACUACUACUACUACUACUCCUACUACUAAAAAGGAAGUUUCAAUUCCUACAUCUGAUGACUCUACAGUGACUGUUAAAAGAGAAGCUGGUGGGCCUUUGAUUCAUACCCUUGUUCUUGAUGCUGGACCAUUGCUUGCACAGACAUUUAGUGACUUACAAAAGAGAGCUUGUCGAUUUUUCACGACUCCUGCAGUUUUACAUACAGAGAUUCGUGAUGCUCGUGCUCGAGCCAAUAUUGAGCUUUGGCAGACAGCAGGGUUACUUGGAGUUCGUCAGCCUACUCCAGUUCAAGUUGCAGCAGUUGCAGAUUUUGCUAAACGGACAGGUGAUUUUGCAGUAUUAUCAACAAAUGAUUUACAUGUACUUGCAUUGGCGAGAGAGUUGGAUGUUGAAGUACAUGGUGGAUCUGAUGCACAUUUGAGAAAGAUGCCUGGUGGAGAGGGAGCUAAAAGAAGUAAGGAAUUAGAGGGAGCUAAUUUCCGUGCACCUGUGACUUAUAAUGUUCAUGUGGAUAGAAUUCGACCUGGAGAGGAGGAUGAAGAGGAGGAGAAGGAGAAGAAAAAAGAAGAAGAGGAAAAAAAAGAGGAAGAAGAAGAAGAAGGUGAUGAUGAUGGAUGGUCGACAGUUAGUAAGAAGAGUAAGCCUCGACGACACAAUAAUCGAUACAACAACAACAACAAUAAUAAUAAUAAUAAUAACAACAACAAGAGUGAAGAGAAUACUGGAGAAUUAACAUCUAAGAUGGCAGAGAUGAACAUUACUACAUCUUAUGAGGAAGAAGAAGAGAGUGAGGAAGGUUGGAUUACAGAGGAAAAUAUUGUUGAGACUAUGAGAAAGGAUCAAUAUGAGCCAGAUGAGAAUUCAUUUUUGGCUACAGUUAAGUCUCAUCAUAAGAAUGGGAAUAAGAAUGAUGGUGUUGCUGCAGAUGCUGAGGCUGCAGAUGCUGAGGCUGUAGCACCUAAAGUUCAAGAAAAAGAAGAAAAAGAAGAAGAAGGACCAUUUUUGCCCUCUGCAGUUUCUACGGGAGAUUUUGCAAUGCAGAAUGUUGCAUUACAAAUGGGGUUAAAUUUGGUUAGUCCUGUUGAUGGUAAGAGUGUACGACAAGUUAAGAGUCAUAUGUUAAGAUGUCAUGCAUGUUUCCAUUUGUGUCCCGUUCCUCGAACCAAUGAUGUUGAUGAGAUUAUGCAAAAACGUCGGGGGAAUCAAAAGACAGAUACUUCUUUAUCAUCGACAGUUUUAGGACGUGGUCUUAAUUUUUGUCCUCAGUGUGGGUCCGGUAAUACAUUGAGACGAUGUACAGUUAGAGUUGAUGGACGAGAUGGACAUAUUCAUGUAUAUUUGAAGCGACAUAUGCAAUGGUCUACUAGGGGGAAUAUUCAACAAUUGGGAGUUCCUCAGAGUAAGAAUGCAAGACGUCAAGGACGGGUGAAGGAUCCUUAUGAUACUUCAUCACAACCUAUAUUACGUGAAGAUCAAAAGGAGUAUGAGAGGGCCAUUGUUCAUGAUUGGAAGCAAAAGCGACAGAAUGAAAAGGUUUUAGAGGAAUGGAUUGGAGGAAGUGUUGGAGGGGAUGGGAAUGUGAGUGUUGGAUCUGUGGGUGUGCCUUUUGCAUAUCAUCGAGAUGCUGCACGUCAUACGGGGAUUCGGAUUGGUCCUGGACGGAACGGCAAUAAGCGCCGUGGGAAAUGA